CUCUCUCUGUCUGAACGUUUGUUUUCUUUUCUGAAAUAGAAUAACUUUUUAUUCUCUCUCUAGAGAACUCUGUCUCUUGGCGUCCAAGAAUUCCCCAGGUAGGCAAGCGUGCGUACUUAGUAGUAUCAGAUCAUUUCACGCACCAAUACGAUCCGACUCCAAUUCCUUUCCGCCGGCCUCCUCUCCUCUCCUCUCUCCCUUUCCUCACUACCGUUGGCGUUGGCGUUGGCGUUGGCGUUGGCGUUGCGUUCCUACUCCCAACCAAACUGCUAUCCGCGCCCCAACCAUAAAUAACCUCACCCCUCCCUCUCCAUCCUCCCCCCAUGCACGCCUGCUUCCUCCCUCCGCUCCACUCCCCGGCGCAAUAAACAAUCCGGCGGCGCGUCGAGUUUGGUUCAGUUCAGUCCGGUUCAGUUCUUGUUGGCGUUGAGGGGUCGAGUCGAUGGGUAUCUUGUCGCUCAUCACCGGCAAGGCGGGCGCCAGCGGGUUCGGGUCGGCGUCCACGGCGGAGCAAGUCACCGCCGGCGUCGACGCCAGCCGCCUCACCGUCGUUAUCACAGGAGGAGCUAGUGGCAUUGGUCUGGAGACCUCAAGAGUCUUCGCCCUGAGAGGAGCCCAUGUCAUAAUUGCCGCGAGAAACACAGAGGCUGCAUCAGAAGCAAGGAAGACUAUCAUGGAGACAAACCCAAUAGCACAUAUUGAUGUUCUGAAGCUUGACCUGAGCUCCCUCAAGUCUGUCAGGGCUUUUGCGGACCAGUUCAACUCGAUGAAUCUUCCUCUGAACAUCUUGAUAAACAAUGCAGGUGUGAUGUUUUGCCCUUUUCAACUAUCUGAAGAUGGGGUUGAGAUGCAAUUUGCCACCAAUCAUCUCGGACACUUUCUGCUUACCAAUCUCCUCCUCGAUAAUAUGAAAGCCACUGCUAAGUCUACGGGUAUUGAGGGUCGCAUUGUGAACUUGUCAUCAGUUGCCCACCUCCAUACAUAUCCAAAUGGAAUUCAGUUUGAUAAACUCAACGAUGAGAAAAUAUACCACGAUAAAAUGGCUUAUGGACAAUCUAAGCUGGCAAACUUACUGCAUGCAAAGGAGCUCUCUAGACGGCUUAAGGAAGAAGGAGCAAACAUCACAGUUAAUUGUGUUCAUCCUGGAUUGAUCAUGACCAAUUUGAUGAGGCACUCCUUUGUUCUCAUGAAGGUACUUCAAGUUGCCACUUACAUACUGUGGAAGAAUGUACCCCAGGGAGCAGCAACUACUUGUUAUGUAGGACUCCACCCACAACUCAGGGGUGUGACAGGAAAGUACUUUGCUGACUGCAACUUGGAGAAGACGAGCAAACCAGCGAAAAGCGAGGAGUUGGCAAAGCAACUCUGGGACUUCAGCGAAGAGCUCAUCAAGUCUGCAGAAUGAGUGCCCAAAAAGCUGGAUCAGAGAAGUGUUCUGAUACUGCUGAGCAUGUGUUGCAAGUGAUGACUGGUUAAUAUGUAGCAGUGGUCAUAGGAACUGCCUAAUGGUGGACCUCAUACUGUUCACAAAUAAAUCUCCAUGCUUCCCUAGAUCCUGGCAAAGAUCAACCUGUACUCUUGUUAAUAUCUGUCCAAUAUAUGUGCAGUUCAGGUUCUGGAUUGAAA